AUGGCCCUUAAAACUUUUCAGUUGGAUAACAAGCAACAAAUUGUUGCUACACCAUUAACUCCUCAGGCAUUUGCACCCUACGGUGGUGUCAUUAGUGCAGAUCAUCAAUUUCAAAAUGUCCAGAAAUCAGAAGCAAACUACGGUACAGCUAUAAAGUUACAUAAAGUGGCUCCAGUUGUCAAUAAUUUUCACAACUCACCUAGUGGUGCCAAAGAAACGGCUAACUGGAACAUCUUUCGGUGUACUGCACCAAAACAUUUAAUCAAGCACGGUGGAUCAAAAGCCGUUUAUUUAUCGAAGGUUUUGGAAAGACAUCCAUUUAGCACCCAAACAUUUGUACCUAUGGGGCAGGAUAAGGCGAAAUUAUCCUAUUUGGUCAUUGUGGCUAAAACUGACGAAUCAACUUCUGAGCAGUUACCAAACCCCUCUCAAAUCAAGGCUUUUAUAUGCAAAGGAAACCAAUCUAUCACAUACGGUGCAGGAAUAUGGCAUGCACCAAUGGUUGUGAUUGACGAGACUAUCCCCCACUUGGAUUUUGCAGUUUUUAUACACGAGAAUGGUGUCGCAGAUGAAGAUUGUCAAGAGUGCUAUUUCAAUCCCGGCUACAACGUUGAGUACACAUUAGAUUCAUCAAAAUUAUAA